AUGGAAACUUGGGAAAAUUGGAAAAUUGUGUCGUUACUUGUUUGUGUAUUUGCUAUGGUUAGAGAAAUACGACCAAUUGAGCCAUUUUUCACGUCAUACCUCAAAAGUAUGAAUUUCACAUUAAACCAGAUCAACGAAGAAAUAUAUGCAGUGGGGACUUACUCGUGUCUAGUAUUAGCUGUUAUAAUAUUCUUAGUUACAGAUUAUUUUCGGUACAAACCGUUGAUCAUUGCUGAUGGAAUUGCUGGAAUUUUCACAUAUGCGUUACUACUAGGAACACCAAGUUUAUUCAGAGUUCAAAUGGAACAAAUGUUCUUUGGAUUUUUUUAUUCAUCAGAAGUUGCGUUCACUACGUAUUUGUAUGCCAAGGUCGACGACAAACAAUAUUAUCAAAAAAUCACCAGUCUAGUGAAAGCAUCUAUGUUAUUCGGCAGAUUCCUGUCUGGAUUAAUUGCGCAAACUGUUGUUUCGACACACUUAUUGAACGAAGUUUAUCUACUAUACAUCAGUAUAUUUAGUACUUCAUUUGUAACACUAUGGUCAUUAGUUCUGCCUAAAGUAGAACACAGUUUAUACUUUCAUAGAAAUAAGGAAUUAACAGUAAACAUUAAACGACAUCAAUCUAAUGGGGUUGCGAUUGAUGAUAAUGUAUCAAAUGAAGUUCCUAAAACUUCAAAAGUUACUAAAUUCAAAGAAGUCAAGCAGAUGAUUUUUGAUGACUUUCAAUCGGCAUAUAAAAAUACUUACGUAGUGAAAAAAUGUGUUUGGUGGAUAGUUGCUGUUGUUGGUUAUAUUAUAGUAGCAACGUAUAUUCAAGUUGUAUGGGAGGACGUGAACAAAAAUAAAAGAGAACUAAUGAAUGGCGCCGUCGAAUCUAUACACACUCUUUGUGGAGCUGCAGGUGCAUAUGCAGUUGGUCACUUGGACUAUGAUUGGAAAAAAUUUGGUGAUAUUAUAUUUACAGUUGGAACCUUUGUUUUGGCUUUAUUAUUAUUCGUUAUAUAUUACUGCGAUUCAUUAUGGAUAUUAUACCUGUUAUACAUAAUGUUCGGUACUUGUUACCAAAUAUUGUUAACUAUCACUACCUCUGAAGUUGCGAAGCACAUAAAACCCGACAGUUAUGGAUUAAUAUUUGGUUUUAAUUUGUUUAUGUCAUUAUUGAUAAUCUCAAUAUUUACAUUAUUAUUUAUCCAAGGCCUUGUUGUUGUUAUAGGGACAAAAAAUCAGAUAUUAACUGUUUCUCUGAUGUUUGCUUCGAUGUCUGCAUUACUAUUUGUUGCGGCUGUUAGAAAAUGGAAGAAAUAA